AUGGCGGCGGACGCACUCCAAGACAGGUCCGCCUCGGGCGGCCCCCGCAUAGCAUUCGCGUGUGGCAUCUGGAGCGACCUGACGAGGUGUCUGAAGCUGUCCUUCCGUGAGGCCGUCGUGGGCACGUACAAGGCCGAGGCCAGCAGCGUCGACUUCCGCGGCACGCCGGAGGCAGCCCGGAGCCAGAUCAACGGGUGGGUGGCUCAGGUGACGAGGAACCUCAUCGACUCGGUCCUCCCGGCGGGGUCGAUAAGCCCGGCGACUCGGGUCGUGCUCGGCAACGCCAUGUACUUCAAGGGCAAUUGGGAGGACCAGCCGUUCGACAAGAGGCACACCGCACACGAACCAUUUUACCGGCUCGACCGCAGCCAGGUCGACGUGCCCUUCAUGCAGAGCUCGGACUCACAGUUCGUCGCCGUGCAUGACGGGUUCAAGGUGCUCAUGCUCCAGUACAAGAUGGCGGCGCCAGAUUACCAGGAACAGGCGACAUCUAACUCCGAUCAUAGCGGGCAUACGCAGUUCUCGAUGUGCAUCUUCCUCCCGGACGCCCAUGACGGUCUGCUGGGGCUUCUGGACACGAUAGCGUCCCGGCCUGGGUUCCUGCAGGACCACCUGCCGGAGGUGCAGAUCACCCUCAGCGAGUUUCGGGUGCCAAAGUUCAAGCUGUCCUUCCACAGCAGCGUCGUUGCCGUCCUCAAGAAGCUGGGGCUCGAGCUGCCAUUCUGCCUGGAAGGCGACCUAGCUGACAUGGUGGAGGACGACGGCUCUGGCUUGCCGAUUGUAGUGGAGGAUGUCAUCCACAAGGCCGUCGUUGAGGUAAACGAGGAAGGUACUGAAGCCGCCGCGGUCACUAUGGUCAUCUCGGCUCCUAGAUGCGCACGAAGGGGGAGGAGGCCACCGCCUCCACAAGUGAAUUUCAUCGCCGACCAUCCGUUUGCUUACUACAUAGUGGAGGAGGCGACCGGCGCAGUUGUCUUUGCGGGGCAUGUUGUCGACCCCUCCAAGGAGUAA